AUGUCUAAUAUGCUGUCCCUCGCGCUCGCGUUCGCAGGCUCAGCCUCGGCUCUGACCUUGCCGACCUUCCUCCAAAGCCAGGGUCAAGCUCAAUCACCACUCCAGCCUCUGGACCACUCGCAGAACUACCAAUUUGAUCCCCUGCUGCAUCUCCCUGGUAUCUCGCCAUACUUUGACGCAGUCGGCUUUGGUCUCGAGCACAAACCUCCCGUCGGCUGCAAUGUCACGGCCGCAUCGUACAUCAUCCGCCACGGCGCCAUCUACUCCAACGACGACGAAUAUGAGGAAUACAUCAAGCCUUUCCUGUGGAAGCUCGAGACACACCGUCAAGGAUGGACCGGCCCACUAUCCUUCAUGGAAAAGUGGCAGUCCCCAAUCUUGGAAGAUAGACUGGAGGAAUUGACACCUUCCGGCGCCGUCGAUGCACAAGCAGUAGGCAAGCACCUCCUACAACGCUACCACCACCUCGUCCCAAACACAACCCGCAUCCUCGCGGACAAAAAGAGCAGAACCUACGACACGGCCGCCAACUUCGUCAAAGCCUUCCCCCAAGCCUCCGACAUCGAGAUAGUCCGGAUAACAGAAAACACAAACGGCAGCAUGGAAUCCCUCAUCCCCCACAAAUCCUGCAAGAACUUCUCCAAGAAACCCGGGUCCAAGCAACAAAAGAAAGUCAUCGACCUCUACGGCGCUUCCGUCGCACACCGCCUCUCCCCCUACACACCUUUCAAACUGACUCCUAGUGAUGUUGUUGGCUUCCAGAUGCUGUGCGGCUACGAAUCCGCCAUCAAGGGCGAGCGCAGCCCCAUCUGCGCGCUCUUCACAGACUCGGAGUGGAUGGCGUAUGAGUACGCGUGGGAUCUGAAGUACGCGUACAUGGUCGGUCCGCUGAACCCGCUGAGUCCUUACCUCGGUUUCCCGUGGUUGCAAGCACAGUCUGAGCUCUUUGCGCAUAUCGAGAAGCAUGAUACGCCUGGUGACGGCUGGCCGGAUAAACAGCGUUUCUUCCUCGGUUUCACGCACAGAGAAGUCCCGCCUUUUAUCGCUACCGCCUUGGGUCUUUUCAACAGUUCCUCAGACGCCGCGGAACAAUUCCCUACUGACCACAUCAACUGGACGCGCGCGUGGAAGAUGAGCGACCUCAUUCCUUUCCUGGGUCAUGUUGGCAUGGAGAAGAUGAUUUGUGAGAGGGGUGGCGUGCAUGGCGAUGAGCCUGGCACGUAUGUUAGGUUCAUUGCGAAUUCGGCGCCGAGACCCAUUCCGGAUUGCCAGGAUGGGCCGGGUGCGAGUUGCGAGUUUAUGUCGUUCAAGAAGCUUAUUGGGAAGGGGGCGAAGGCGCAUAAGGACUUUCACAAGGUUUGUGAUGUGAAGGAUUGUCAGGAUGCUAGUUGUAUGGAGGGAGAGGAGUAG